AUGGAUUCUAUGAUGGCUUCCGCGGUUGUCACUCUGCUUCGGCAACUCAUGCAAAUCCCAUCUAUCAGCAACGAUGAACACGACAUCGGUUUGUUCCUUGAAAAACAUCUCCAAAGUUUAGGCUAUACUGUUGAACGUAUUCUAAUCAGUCCGGAUAGUUGCCGUUGCAAUGUCUACGCCUACCUAGGCUCAUCGCGCAAAACAAGAAUUUGUCUCACAUCUCACAUGGACACCGUUCCUCCGCAAAUCCCUAUGAGACUAACGCCAGAUACAAUUUACGGACAGCUACGUGCUGAAGGCCGUGUCCUGCCUAGUGAUGUAUCGUUUCUUCUUGUCGUGGGAGAGGAAAAGGGUGGACCGGGAAUGACCGCGGUCAACCCAAUGAACCUGUCAUGGGAAACUGUCAUAUCUGGCGAGCCGACCGAAGGAAAGCUCGCAGUUGGACAUAAAGGUCAUUUUGUUUUUGAGCUCAUAAGUGAGGGAGCUCCAGCGCACUCCGGCUAUCCGCAGCGAGGGCGGAGCGCAGUUUCCGCGAUGACCGCUGUCGUGGCAGCGCUUGAGCGAACGACGUACCCAUCAUCGGAUAUAUUUGGACCGUCCACCUUUCACUGUGGUCAAAAUAGAGGGGCUUCGGAUACAAUAUCCUUGCAGCGGAAUGCACGGCACUAUGUGCGGUUCGCGUUGCAAGCGACUUGCCCGGAAUUGAGCGAUUAG